AUGUCUCGUCUUUCAAAGCUUGUCGCCUUCGGCGGCCCCCUCUUAUUGGUCUUGCUCACAGUCAUCGCGGGCUACGCCUAUUCCCAGAACCGCUUCCUCUCGCUGCCGAUCCCCGAAGCCCUGGGUCUGUUCACCAUCGUGUUGCCCCUCAUCACCGGCCUCUCGAUACAAGGUGCCCACAGCGUGAUACGACGUUCGUCGAAGCGCCACCCACCGCGGCUCACGCUCCCCCUUCUCGCUAUCAUUGGUUUCCAGUUGAUAUACGACACUGUCAUUGCGACCCUUGCAUUGACGCACAUCCUCCCCCCAUCGGCCCUGCAGUGCGAUCUGAAUACACAGUGGCAGAAACUUUACACCGGCAAGGACGAGAAGGCGAUCCGAGCCGUUCAGGACAGCUUCCAGUGCUGUGGUCUUAAUAGCGUCAAGGAUCGGGCAUGGCCGUUCGUGGAGCAGAAGCCAUCGCCCUGCGCCGCCGUAUUCGGGAGGGAUAAAAGCUGUUUAGGGGAUUGGAGGAAGGCAGAGCAGGUUGGUGCGGGGCUGUUCCUGCUCGUCGCGAUCGUUGUGUUCGUCAUGAAGGUCCUGUCGAUGAUUUCUCUCCUGACCGGCUCUCCUUGGAAUCGGGCAACAUGGACUUCUCCGUUCCAUCGUACAGCGAUUGGGGAUGAUGCGGAUAUACAACAGGACGACAGAGCGACUACGAGGAGGUUAAUCGAGGAAGGAGAUGGUGGGGAAGAGUAUCACGAUGAGCCUACAGGUUUGGCAAUUGAAGGGCCGAAUGGCGAUGCGCAGAAUCAGAGCCCAAGGGUUGAGCCGUCCCCGCUGAUCAAUACCAAUAAUGAAUGGCGGGAUGAUUGA